AUGGCUCCCGGAAGUGUCUCCAGCCUCACCUCCUCCACCGACACCACCGAGUCCUCAGAGCCCUUGGGGGCAACACAACCCAGGCCUGAACCACAAGGGGGGGUCCUCUUGGUUCGCCGCAAUCCCCCAACACUGUGCAUGGUGCUGGAGGCGCUGCAGGCCAGGGAGCAGCAGCGGUGCACGUCCGUGGUGGCCAUCAAGGUCUAUAUCCUGCACAAGUACCCAACGGUGGACGCCACCCGCUUCAAGUACCUGCUGAAGCAGGCCCUGGACAUGGGCAUGCGCCAGGGCCUCCUCGCCAGGCCGGCCAACUCCAAGGCCAAGGGGGCCACUGGCAGCUUUAAACGCCCCAAGCGCAAGAAGAGGGACCGGCCCAGGAAGACCCCAGCCCCAAUGGCCUUCCAGAAAGCCCGAGAGACACAGCAGGGGCUUGACAAUGCUGGCCAGGGGACCAAGGCUGCAGAGAGGCGGGAAGCAGCCAGGACAGCUCCCCCCAAACCAGGGGUGGCCAGGGAGAAGGCCCCCAAGAAUGCCAACGAGAUGGGGGUCAAUAGAGCAAAACUGGGGGAGGCCAGGAGUCCCCCAAAAUCAGACAAGGCUGUCGGGGCUCCUCCCAGCGUGGACAGGCUUAGUGGAAAGCUGGAGGUCACAGGCAGUGGGCGUAGUCGAGGAGCUGCUGGAGGGGCCCCCAGGAAGCCCAAGGCAGGGGGCGGCCUUGGGAAGCCUCAGGCCCGCAAGGUCCAGAGUGGCACCGCGUCUCCCACCAAAAGGCAUCUUUUGGGGCACGCCCCCAAAAGGACUGGGGUGGAAACCAAGAGCAAGGUUGAGGGGCCUCCCAAGGGGCGCAGGCCCAAGGCAUGGCCCCUGCUCAUGGCCAGGAAGACACAGGCACCUGAGGGGCCAAGGAAGCCGGGCCUCACCAAAGCCACCUCAUGCAAGGCGUCCAGUAGGAAGGCGGAGGCCAGGAGCUAG